AAAAGCUCAAAUGGAAUUUCCUAGUAAAAACAUAUUUGAACAUACUAAGAAUUUCAAUGAGGAAACUUCUGCAGUACAAGAAACAUUACAAAAUACUGACAUAGAACCAGAAUCCUCUUAA